ACAAAAAUACAUGUAGUAACCACAAAGCUAUGGUCUAAUAAUCCUUUCUAGAAUCUAGAAUAUUCAUAUUGAAAACUUUGAUUAUUACCUUACUAGUAGACACCCAGGUAAUAACUUUGCUUGAAUACACCUUCGAUUCGAAAAAGUGAUUCAUGUCCAAGUUCACCUUGUUCGUACUCGUAUGUAGUACUGCUUACCUAUAUUUGGUCGGCGGAUAUAUCUCUAAAAGCGACGUGGAGACUUGUCGAUAAGACAUCUCAAUCUACACAAUACAACUAGAAGAAACUGAAUUUAUUGUCACUCAAAGUUUAUACCAAAAGCGUAGAUAUGCUCGAAGUUCGUGAGAUCACAAUAAAAAUAGCACAAGAUGGGUUCAAGAGUGGUAAGUUUACCGCUAAGGAGCUCACCAGCGCGUUUCUUGAACGUAUCGCAAAGUGGGAUAAGGCCGGUCCUCGGAUUAAUUCGACAAUGGCCAUGUCUGUCACGGCACUGGAAGAGGCGGAAGCUCUUGAUUGUUAUUUCAAGGAGCAUGGAAAGUUAAAGGGAAGACUUCACGGAAUUCCAGUAUUGGUUAAAGACCAGGCGGAUACGAAAGGAAUGGUCACCACAUAUGGUUCAGCUGUUGCGAAGAACAAUAUCCCCGAUGAGGACGCAUUUGUGGUCACUAAGUUAAAGGAAGCUGGCGCAGUGAUUCUAGGCAAGACUACACUCGCAGAAUGGGCUACGGUUUGGUUUAGUGCGAACGGCGCGACAGAUUACGAGUUCACUAAGAACCCUUAUAACCUUGGCUACGACGUUGGAGCAUCAUCUGGAGGCUCUGGUGCCGCUGUGGCUGCAAACUUCACUAUCUUAGCUGUGGGAGAAGACACAGGUGGCUCUAUUAGGGUCCCAUCGUCCUUCUGCAAUAUCGUUGGUCUUCGUCCAACACCUGGCCUUAUCUCGCGAACAGGCUUCUGCCCCUUGAUAAAAGUGCAAGAUACACCAGGGCCGAUGGCGCGAACAGUUACUGAUUGCGCGCUUAUGUUAGAUUGCAUGGUGGGAUUCGACCCCAGAGAUGAUUUUACGGGUUUCGCAGCCACUGCGGCCGCCCUUGGCCUACCAAAGGGCGGUAGCUACGCAGCUUUCCUUCGAGACGGAGUAGGGAAGAUUAAAAAGGCGAAGAUAGGGGUUGUCAGACAAAAGUUUGGCCCAGACUCUGAUCCAUAUUGCAAAGCAGUGAACAGAGUGGUCCUAGCAGCAAUUGAUAAACUUCGGAGCAGCGGCACAACUUUUGUCGACGUAUAUAUCGAGAAUCUGGACCAUUACAUGAUUUACCCGCUGACAUAUCUCCAAAGGUCACGCAGCGAUAUCAACAGCUUCUUGGCGACGAAGCCACAUCUUCCACAGGACAUUGCGGAUAUUCUUCCAGAAAAGUCGGAUACCCCCUAUAUGAGUACGCUAUGCGCCGUAGCGCAUGGCCCAGAGGAUCCUAGAAGUGAUCCGACUUACCUCGAUCGAAUUCUGGUACGUGACGAAUUCAAGCGUAAAGUGGAGUGCCUCAUUGCAUUACUCGGUCUUGAUGCGCUCACUUUGCCAGAUGUUCGAGUUCCCCCUCCGCGAUUUGAAGAUGCUACAAACGGCAGAUUUAUGAAGAAUGGAGAGGAAGAUUUCCCGACCAAUACAUAUCUCGCCAGCGUAACACGCCAUCCGGCCAUCUCAGUGCCAGCUGGGUUCACAGAAAACGGACUUCCGGUUGGUAUGGAGUUAAUCGGAUUAGAAUAUCAGGAGCAAACCCUGCUCGAAUUGGCUUACGGGGUAGAAACGAUAAUAGGAGGGAGGAAAGCCCCGCCAGCGCCAUUUUAACUAUUAUUGUCAGUGAAGAAGACUUGGUAACUACCUAUGUGUAAAAACACAAUUUGGCUUAUGAAGCUAUGCCAUACUUUAAGGAAGUUAAAUGGCACUGGUUAGUAGUAUGGUCUCCAAGUUCGAUUAAUUUAGUAUCCAUCUUAAAUAUGAAAGGGCCGUUCGUAAAGCAGGUUUAAAUUGUUCAAUAUUUCCUAUCACUCUGUGUUAAGAAACUUAUAACUUUAUAAACAAGUGUCUAAAGCCUAUAGCCGUUAAGUAAAUAUGAGAAACCUUCACGCGCACGGAGUUGACAGUUACUACCUAUUCAUUGAGCUUAUUAAACACCUUGAAUACAAGAAAAAUCACAUACAUAGAAAGUAAGUGGAAACCCUAAAUCCUUUCAACGCAUGUGUAUCAGUGAAAGAGGGCCCGAAUAUGAAAUAAAUAUAUACAUUAUUCACUUAUGUAAGCCCGAAAAGCGCCAU